AGUUUAGAAAUUAUUGAAGUUCAAUUCACUGGUCACUGACAAUAAAGUUUUACCGAGUAAUUUGAAUGUUUGUUCACUUAAUAUGUGUACUCAAUAAACCUAACCUACGAGGUCUGCUACGAGGUUACGAGCGGUUGAGCGGUUACGAGUCAAUGUUUUUUGAAUGGGGUUUUCUCUAGGAGUUUGUAUGUAAACAAUACGACAGCUUGCGGCGUUUCUUCAGAAAACGUGGUUUACGUCGUGAAUAAAAAUUGAAAUUGUUUCUAAAAUCGUUCAUUCCCCUGUGUCUGUAAUAUAGUUUUCAUUAGUAGGUUGUUUUCUAAAUCACACAAAUGGCAGAAGAAACAGAACAGGUUAUUACAGGAACAGUGAAAGAGCCUUUGGAUCUCCUACGUUUAAGUUUGGAUGAGCAGAUUUAUGUGAAAAUGCGACAUGAUCGUGAACUUCGAGGGAGAUUACAUGCAUAUGAUCAACAUUUAAACAUGGUUCUCAGCGAGGCUGAAGAAACAGUCACAACCAUAGAAAUAGAUGAAGAAACGUACGAAGAAGUUUACAAAACCACCAAGCGAAGUAUACCAAUGCUGUUUGUCAGAGGUGACGGUGUCAUAUUAAUUUCGCCACCCACAAGAAUACCUGGAAUAUAAUGAUCUACUGCAUCAUUGCCCCUCACUGUUCUACCCCUUCACAUGGUAAUUUUAUCAAUGUUUAUUUUUCUGUAAGCUAAAACUAAAAAUCAGCAGUGUAAAAAUAAGGAAGAAUGCUGAGUAAUUUUUUUAGCAAUGUCAUUUAGACUCAAAAUUAAAUUUCAGCAGUACACAGCAAAAAUGCAACAAAUACCAUAUUAAAAUAUGUUGCUUUGUCUUGAUUAUUUGUUUCCAGUAUUUUCCGGUGAAUCUCUGUUUACUUAAACUAUCAAGGGAUGAGAAGAUUUUCAUUUUUUUGUCAAAUAAAAACAACGUUCCGCACAUCUCAA